UGACGCAGCUGUCAUUCAUCUAGAUUCUCAAGCGAACUACUUCUGACCUGACAACAAACGACUGCUUCCAAAGCAUGGGUCUGACUUUGUCGAUCUGUAUUCAUUCAUCGAUGCUUCACUUAAGGCACCCUAAGCUUCGUGUGCAGAAAGAAAGCUGUGUUUAACUGCCCCCAUGCGGAAUCCGUCUGUGUUGAUAAGAAGCUCUGCGACGAAGCUUUCAGUGGGAACGCCUUAGCGACCCUGGGACCACUACGUACGGUCUCAGUUGAACACAUGGUGAGGUCUCAUUCAUGCGCCGUUCGGUCCUUACAUGGCGCAUUCGUUUUGUUCAAGAGCAGCGUGUUCGAGCAGGUGUGUCUUAGGACACAUCAGCUGUGCCGCUCACUUCCAUCCGGGGUCUGGUUCCUCUAACACCGUCUUCACGUCUAACCCUGCUUUCAUGACGCAUACACGGUCAGUGGGCAUUUGGAACCAUGACUGGGUACCUAUCACGGAGAAUCUAGGCCUAUUCAACCACACAUGAAAGAUUUUAGAUAAGGUGCGACUGCGCUCGUAAGUCGUCGAAUCAACCUAUGGGUAUCUGGUAGUAAUUGGAACUGUCGAUUGAAAGCUUUCCAUCAUACGUCUCUUCUGUGGUGUCCCAGGGCUCACAGUAGAAAAGAGCCCUAGAUCACUAUCUAUCACGACAGAUACGAAUGCUCCAAUCGGACUCUGAGUCAGUCAUUUCCCAUGGUCCAGCGCUGACUCAUAGCCAUACUCAAUCGAUCCUGGAAUACCACUCUCGGAUUUCUUGAGUUCCAAUGCAUCCUCUGUUCAGACUCAAUAGUUCGGACGAUAUAUACAUUGAUGAUACUCUGAAUUCA